AUGACUACCAUGGAUUUACGCGUCGGUAACAAAUACCGCAUUGGACGCAAGAUUGGAAGCGGCUCUUUUGGUGACAUUUAUCUCGGAACCAACAUCAUUUCGGGUGAAGAAAUUGCCAUCAAGCUCGAAAGCGUCAAGGCCAAGCACCCCCAGCUCGAAUACGAGGCACGUGUCUACAAGUCUCUAGCGGGUGGUGUUGGUAUUCCUUUUGUCCGUUGGUUUGGAACCGAGUGCGACUACAAUGCCAUGGUCAUUGACCUCCUGGGUCCCAGUCUGGAGGACCUGUUCAACUUCUGCAACAGAAAAUUCUCCCUGAAGACCGUCCUCCUCCUCGCCGACCAGCUCAUUUCCCGCAUCGAAUACAUUCACGCCAAGUCAUUCAUUCAUCGUGACAUCAAGCCUGACAACUUUUUGAUGGGUAUCGGUAAGCGAGGCAAUCAGGUCAACGUGAUCGAUUUCGGUUUGGCAAAGAAGUACCGCGACCCCAAGACGCACUUCCACAUUCCUUACCGUGAGAAUAAGAACCUCACUGGUACUGCUCGAUACGCCAGUAUCAACACUCACUUGGGUGUUGAGCAGUCUCGACGUGACGAUAUGGAGUCCUUGGGCUACGUGAUGCUCUACUUCUGCCGUGGUUCUCUGCCAUGGCAGGGUCUGAAGGCUGCCACCAAGAAGCAGAAGUACGACCGAAUUAUGGAGAAGAAGAUGACCACUCCCACCGAGGUUCUCUGCCGUGGUUUCCCCAACGAGUUCGCCAUCUACCUCAACUACACCCGCUCCCUUCGCUUCGACGACAAGCCCGACUACUCAUACCUGCGCAAGAUCUUCCGCGACCUCUUCGUCCGGGAGUCGUUCCAGUACGACUACGUGUUUGACUGGACCGUCUACAAGUACCAGAAGAAUGCUGCCAUGAUUGUUGACGCGUCCAAGAAGGACAAGGAUGACGAGGCGGGCCGCCGUCCGGCUGCUGCCGUUGCUCCUCCAGCUGGUGCGGCUGCUGCGGCCGCUAAGCCCGGUGCCAUCUCGGGCCAGCGUCGCAAGGUCAUCGAUCGUGCAGCUCUCGACAACACUCCAGACACCAACCGUGCCGUGGGAGGAAGUGACAGGAUUCUUCGGCGUUAG